AUGCCAAAUGCAGGUUCAGCGGGAGGCAAUUCCAACCAGUCGUCUGCUUCUUCAUCGGGCGGCGGUUCUCAAUCAUCCGGCGGUGGAUCUUCGUCUUCGUCCUCGUCAGGUGGCGGCGGGUCGUCCAACGACUCCUCUUCGGCGACAGGCGGGUCUCCUCCCGCCAACGGGCCUUCAUCGUCCCCAUCCUCACAAAACACCAUGGAACCACCUGGGUCGUCUUCUCUUCCAAACGCACAGCAGUCUACGUCGGCUAACGGCAGCCCUGCCCCGUUAAAUGGCCUGCCGUUGCCGAUAGAGUUUGGCCAGGGUAACACUCGGGCAAAUCCGUGUCCAGAGGAAGAGUCCAAGUUUGGGUUCCCCUGGCCAGAGACUCCGGUCGGAGACGCAAUCUACGUGGACUGCCCAGAUGGAUAUGAAGGGCAAAUCGGGCGGUACUGUCGCCCAUCCGGACUGUGGUCUAGAGUAGCGGACAACUGCGUGUCUGACGAGCUGAAACAAGUCGAUAAUCAAUUAGCGGACGGACCGAGGGGUAUCGGCCCGGCUAUUGAGGUAGUAGGCCGCCUGAGGAACAGUCUGGACCCGGACAGGAUUCUGUACGACGGAGAAGUGAAGGUGGCUCGGAGGGCUGUGACGAAACUGUGUGACUGGGACCCCCUGGGGUUCACGGAUACCGGAGUACAGGAUGCUGCGGACUUUGUGUGGUUAUACAUCGGAGCAAUCGGACGACUGCUGCACAAGAAUAACAAGGACUUAUGGGACAACAUCCGCAAUUUUGACCAGGUGAACGAGACCCUAACUCCCCUGGUGGCACAAGAUGAUGAUGAUGACAACACUGAUGACGACACGACCUUCGACCCUGUGAUUGGACUGGUCCUGAAGACUGAAGAGUUCGGAGGGAAGGUCGCCAAGUUUCUCAACUCAUCUAUAAUGGAGUUUCUCAAGACGAACGAAACAAGCAUCGGCUAG